AUGGCACACAAUCAGGACAGCUACCAAUAUGCGCUGAGCUCCAACGGCGCCUGGGCGGGCUAUAAAGCCCACCAGAACCCAGAGUUCUUCUCGAAGCUUGCUAGCGGCCAAUCACCGCAGAUCCUCUGGCUCGGGUGUUCCGAUUCCCGCUGCCCCGAGACGACAAUCCUCGGGCUACAGCCGGGCGACGUGUUCGUGCACCGUAACAUCGCCAACAUCAUCUCGGCCACCGACAUCAACACGUCGGCAGUGAUUGAGUACGCCGUGGCGCACCUCAAGGUCCGACACAUUGUGCUCUGCGGUCACUCUGCGUGCGGCGGGGCGGCGGCGGCACUGUCGGACGCACGCGUGGGCGGCGUGCUCGACACAUGGCUCACGCCCCUCAAGGCGGCUCGGUUCGCCCACGCGCAGGAACUGGCUGAGAUCAAGGACGAAAAGGAGCGGCUGGUUCGCAUCGCAGAGCUGAACGUCGAGGCCGGGGUCAAGGUGCUGCUGGCCAACUUCACGGUGCAGGAGGCGAUCCGGGACCGCGGGCUCGAGGUGCACGGGUGUCUUUACGACCUCGCGUCGGGGCGGAUCCGCGACCUGGGGUUUGGCAACGCCAAGGCCAAGGUGAACGGGCAGAGGAUGCCGGGUCAGAACGAUAUCAUCAGGGGCAAGCAUGCCACACUGGUCUUUAGGAACAGUGGCGCCUCCAUGACUGGCCAAUGA